AUGUCAAAGAACAAUAAUACUAUUAGAAAGUGCAGCCAUAUUGAAUUUCCAAAUUCGACUACAAAGGGAUCAAAGCAAUGUCAAACUCCCUUAGGAAAGAAGAUUUCUUUAAAUAAUAAUAUAUCAAUUGUUCCUGAAUUAGUAUAUCCUGUCUCAAUUAUACAACAACAAAUUUCUA